AUGGGCUUCCAUUCGAACAAAAGUCUCGUACAAAAAGUUACUGAUAUUCGUAAGAAUGAAAAGCAUAAAAGUCAAAAACAGGAACAAAACAAACAACCACAACAAGAUCCUAUUUCUUUAUCUGAAGAUAAUCAUGAUCUUGUUUCUGUUGCAACAAAUCAUCAAACAGAGAUAUGUGGCGUGUGUUAUCAUUCAUCAACAUAUGGAAUUUGUUCAACAAUUGAUUGUACUCAUGAAGCAAUGGAGAUUCCAUCUGAUGAUGUAGUUGAAAUUGUUUCAUUCGAUUUAGCUGAACAGUUGAAGAUAUUAAUUGAUAAAAAUAUAGAUCUACUUCAAAAAUAUCAGAAUGAAGCACGAACACAAACUACAUCUGAUGCAAACGAUGUUGUUAGAGGUGAUGUUUAUCAAUCUAUACUAAAUGUUCAUAAAGAUUUUUUUGUAUCUGUUAUGAUUCAUAGUGACGGCAUUCCUCUGCAUAAAUCUAAAAAUUGUAAUGCAUGGCCUAUAUUAGGUGCUGUUUUGGAACUUCCACCAUAUUCUAGAACUUGUGCUGAUAAUACUCUUCUUCUUUCUCUUUGGAUAGGAAAACAAAAUCUUAUACAUGAUAUUCUUCGUCGACCACGAUCAUUCUCCAAUGUUGAAAAAUGGAAAGUAUCUGAAGUACAAUUAUUUAUUUUAUAUAUUGGCUCGCCUGUACUUGCUGAAUUUUUACCUGAAGAAAGAAUUGGAGAUUUUGCUUUAUACAAUGUUAUUCUUCGUCUUUUACACGACUAUUGGGAUAAUGAUAAAAAAUUAGGUGAUUCAAUAUCUAAUUUAUUGAAAAUUUACAGUAAAAACUUAUCAAAAAAUGUUAUUUCCAAUGUGUAUCCACCCAAACUACUUACAAUAUCAACUCAUGCUUAUCUGUAUCUUUCUUUUCAAUGUAAAAAAUUCGGUCGACUAAAUUAG